AGGACUAGGAGAGUAGAUGGAUGGAUGUGAUGCGGUGUUGGGUGUCCUGGCGUCACCAGUCACCACAGAAGCCAAAAAAUGGCAGCGAAGCUUCUGCUGCUCUCUCCUCCUUGUCUCUCUCGCCCUCGCAAUACUAAUAAUAAUCGGUUAAUCAAAACCACCAGCGCAGCCGCAGACAUAGUUGUUGCAGGCCGAAGAUUACACUCAUCAGCAGCAAGUGCCAUACAAGAAUAUUACCGCCCCAAUACCAGACGAUUUUGUCGUCGUUCUCAUGGGAGACGACGACUGUGGCUUCUUCACCCACAUCCCCCUGCCUGCAGAGCUCUUCUUCCAGUACGGUCAUCGCUUCACGAAACUCUAUCGUCUUCAGUAGUACCUGUAGCUUUAGCAGCGUAUCAUCUUGGACUCCAGCAUCCGAAUUCUCCUCCCCUGAUGACGAUACACUUCUUCCUCGCCGACAGCUUCGUGGGCGGCGGCUAUUCACAAGCCAGCUACUACACUUCCCUGGGACUGUUUGUCAUCUCCGUUCCCGGCCUUUGGUCCCUUAUCAAGCGCUCUGUCAAAUCCAAGAUCGUUCAGAAGACAUUUACUGCAGUGUCAGAUGGGGAGGGGAAUCUGAUGCCCAAUCAGGUGGCUGGAGCAAUUCUGUCCUUCUUUGCUCGCAACAAUUUCGUGGUGUUGGAGAGAGGAGAGACUAUUACGUUUGAAGGGAUGAUGGUUCCAAGUCGAAGCCAGGCAGCACUACUCACUUUCUGCACCUGCAUAAGUCUGGCCAGUGUUGCCCUCGUUCUUACCAUAACUGUUCCAGACGCAGGCAAUAACUGGUUCUGGCUGACCACAUUAAGCCCCCUAGCAGGCGCAUACUACUGGACAAGGGCAUCCAGGAAGGAACAGAUAAAAGUCAAAAUGAUAGUAGCAGAGAAUGGAAGCCUUUCAGAGAUCAUUGUUCAAGGUGACGACCAACAAGUAGACCGAAUGAGAAGGGAGCUUCAGCUGACGGAGAAGGGAAUGAUUUAUGUCAAAGGUAUCUUUGAGAGAUGAGAUUAGCUUGGUGAAUAAAAAUCUCCAAAACAUGGUCUUCUUUUGUUCACAAACUGGUCAAGGCAAUUUGAACAACAUUCCUACUUCGAUUUACUCCCCCAUGAAAGCUCAUUAUAC